AUGGGUUUUGCUCAGAAAAUCGCCGCCGCCCAGAGUAACGACAAGAUGUCGAACAGUGGCACUUACGGAGGUGCGCCUCCCACCGGAUAUACUGGAGGACCUCCGUCCGCCCUGCAGGCCGGACACAGUCAACAAUACCAGGCUUAUUCAGGAUCCCCCGCCCCUCAGGGAUCGGCUAUCCCAACGGCUCAUCCGCUCCCUACCAGUCCUACAAUCCAUCCCCGGCUCCCUCGACCCCUUCCUAUUCCAGACCCCCGCAGUCGCAGUCGCCUUACCCCGCAUCACCGCAGGGCUACAACCGCCCGCCUCCACCUCCACCAGGUCAGCCCUACGCGUCUUCGCCUCACCCAGGCCAACAGCCACAACAGCCCUACAGCUCUAGUUCCCCAUACCCGGGUCAACAGUCUGGACAGUCUUACGGCCAGCAACCGCAAGGAUACCCUGGACAGCCACCUUAUCCUGGACAAUCGCAGUACCCUGGACAGCAGCCUGGACAGCAGCCAUACCCUGGACAACAACCUUCUUAUGUACACAAUACCCCGUGCCCUGUGUCUUGUUUUCACACCUCAUGCCAACCAGCCACCUUCAUACCCCCAGGGCGCUCAGGGCGCUCCCUACCCCGGUGGCCAGCCUCAAGGUCGCCCCGUUCCAUCGCCAGGCCCAGGUGGUCCACCAGGCCAGUAUGGUGCCCCCGGCGGUCCCCCCGGUGGUGCUCCCGGAGGCGCAGGAGGCCCAGCUCCUCCAGCCACACAGCAGCAGGUUGCAGCCUACCGCUCGUUACUGAUUGGCACAAUCCAAGAGAAGAACCUCCAAAGCUUCUACCCACCCGAGCGUUUGGAUCGCCUCGUCCAGACCCUGGCCGCUGAGGCCCCUGGCAAGCUCGCGAGAUUGAUUCACGAAUGGGCUGUGCCAAUGGAAGUUGCCACAGACGUGAUGAAACUUUCACUGUUCGACGUGAUCCUGUACGUGGAUGACAGCGGAUCCAUCGAGUUUGAAGAGAAGGGGCUGCGAAAGGACCAGCUGAGACAAAUUCUCGGCAUUGUCGCGACUGCAGCUUCGACCUUCGACCAGGACGGUAUCUCGGUGCGGUUCAUGAACUCCUCCGAGACGGGUGAUGGUAUCCGUGACGCUGAGGAUGUGAACCGCCUUGUCUCCCGUGUUCGUUUCUCGGGAUUGACUCCCCUCGGCACAAACCUCAAGACCAAGGUUGUCGAGCCGAUGAUUGUGCAGCCCGCUCGUGCAAACCGUCUCGAGAAGCCUAUCCUUGUUAUCACUAUUACAGAUGGACAGCCGGCUGGUGAGCCACACGGUGCUGUGGGUGAUGUGAUCCGCUACGCCGUGGACGAGACCUCGCGAACUCGCUAUGGCCCGGGGGCCGUUUCCUUCCAAUUUUCACAGGUUGGCACUGAUCAGCGCGCUCGUGACUUCCUGUCGGCCCUCGAUGAAGAUCCUCAUAUCGGCCACUUGAUCGACUGCACAUCCAACUUCGAGGUGGAGCAGGAUGAAAUGUCCCGUGCCAAUCCCCCCGUGCAUCUCACCCGAGAGCUUUGGUGUGCCAAAUUGAUGCUCGGUGCUAUCGACUCUUCUUACGAUACUAAAGACGAGCGAGACAAUGCCCGUCGUGGCGGUGGUCCUCAGGGUUCAGUCAGCCAGUACGGCGGCGGCGGCGGCGGUGCUGGAGGGUACCCUCCUCAAGGAGGUCAAUCUCAGUACGGUGCGCCUCCUGGACCCCCGCCCGGCCAAGGUCAAUAUGGCGCUCCUCCUGGCCCUCCCCCACAGAGUCAAGGUCAGCAAUACGGUGCGCCUCCCGGCCCUCCCCCAGGGCAAGGUCCUCCGUAUGGCGCACCCCCCGGUGCUCCUCCCUACGGUAGCAGCCAGUCCGGCUAUGCGCCCCAGGGCUAUCAGCAGUCUCCCCAACAGCCCCCGCAGCCCCAGUACCAGGCAUCACGUGGAUAUCCACCGCAACCACCGCAGCCCUAUGGAUCUCAGUCUGGUUACCCACCGUACGGCCAGCCACGUUAUUAG